AUGGUCGAUCCCAAGCCCGACUACAUCAUCGUGUUUGACCCGCAACUCGUGCCCAAACCUCGAACCGGCAAGCAUCCUUCAUCGUCUUCGCACCCCGAGAAGCCGGACAAGGCCCAAACGCAGGCGGCGCUGCAGACUGAAUAUGAGAGCCUGAUCGCCGCCAUCGGAGCGAGCGGACUCGAGGUCACCGGGAGACCUGGGGCAAAGGGCACCCAGCAGAUCUUGCUCUUUGUCCGGGCAAACGAGGACCGGCUGCAGGCCGAAGUGCAUCGUGAGAGGUGAGUCAAACAGCACACGAAGAAUGCAUUCCGACAGACUGAGACCGGAAACUGAGUGUAAGUGGGUUCUAAUCCCUGUGCGUCCGGAACCACCGAUAGAUUAUCCGACUGGCUUCAUGGAGUUGCAUCGAAGAGGGCCUCACCCAAAACGUCUCGGGAUUUUGCCUCCGAGCCCAUUACCCCCGCCGAACGACUACGACUCGUGUACUCGAUUCUUAGCUCGCCUGAAGCAGCCAUCACCGGGGUUUCGGUCACGUCUUCCGCCUCCUCGGGUCGUACGGUGGGGCUCGACCCCGUUCCUUCGCCCGCCAACUUCCCGCACGUCGUUUCCGUCUUCCCUCCCCACGACGUCGAUUUCAAUCAACGCUGGCUCAAAAGCUGGUCCAGUCGAUCCCACGCGCUCAAACCAAUCCCACGCGCCGAACUGGACGAGAUCAAGGAUCACCUCGGCGAAAAAAUCGCACUCUACUUUGCCUUCCUUCGCUACUACUUUGCUUCGUUGCUCUACCCCGCCCUGAUGGGCAUGAGCUUCUAUUUGCUGGGUCUUUCGUACCACCCAAUCUACAGCAUCGGCAUGGUCGGCUGGUCGAUACAUUUCAUCGAGACCUGGAGGAUACAGGAAAAAACGCUGUCGGUAGAUUGGGGGACGUACAAUAUCCACACCGUCGAGAGCGAGCGUGCCGAGUUUCACGGGGACACACAGAUCGUCGAUCCCGUCACGGGGGUGGAACAUGCCUACUUCCCCUUCUGGAAGACGUUCGCAAGACAGUUGAUGACCAUCCCCGUCUUGUUGGCCUUUGCAUCUGUCCUCGUUGCGCUCAUCUCGACAAUCUACGUCACCGAGACCCUCUUCGGGGAAGUCUACGAGGGUCCAGCAAAGCGGUACUUGACACUGGUGCCGACGAUUAUGUUUGCUGGGCUAGUUCCGCAAGUUAUCGCUUUGUGAGUUAUAAUGGUGGCGGCGUUGCUGCUUUUUGCGCCGAAGCUAACAUGAAGCAUAAUCACGCCAGAUGGGGCACAACCGCUCAGAGGCUGACCAAGUUCGAGAACCACACCCAUCAAACCGAACAUGACCAAUCCUUGACGCUCAAGACGUUUGCGCUCAAUUUCUUCGUCGCCUACGGAUCGCUCGUACUCACAUCCUAUGUCUACAUUCCCUUCGGAUCCGUCCUGGUCCCCUACAUCUUGGGAGUCCUACCGUCCAAACACGCCGAGAAGCUUUCUUCUACGUCGGUUAUGAGCCCGAAUGGGAAGAAAGAUUUCAGCAUCAACUCGAGCAAGCUGCACACUCAGAUCGUCGCCUACACUUUGACGAACCAAGUUGUCGGGGCCUUCACCGAGAUCGGUCUGCCUUUCGUCCUGUCCUUCGCCGAGAAGGAAGUAGCCAAAGUGCAAGAGAAGCGAGCGGGUGCGAACUCGCCUUCGCAUCUCAAGCGCGGGAUGGACGACCUGAGCGAGCACGAAUACUUGGAGAGGAUCCGGGACGAGUCUCAAUUGCCAUUAUACGACGUUUUGGGCGACUACGCAGAGAUGGUGUUGCAAUUCGGAUACCAGGCGCUGUUUUCCGUGAUUUGGCCCAUCGCGCCGCUGUUUGCGUACCUCAACAAUUUCGUGAGUGAUUUUGGUUUCGGCUCCCUCCUUUGUGGCGCACUAUAAAUCUCUCGUGGACUGGCAGAUUGAAUUGAGGUCGGACGCCUUCAAGAUCACUCAUCAGCACCGCCGGCCGAUUCCAACUCGAGUCGCUACCAUAGGCCCUUGGCUUGAUGUGCUCGUGAGUGCACGGUCAUGCUUCAAUAGGGUAUACCUGUAAACUGACGGAGCUCAUCGAGCAAACUUGGCAGAGCUUCAUCUCGUACCUGGCUGCUUUCACAAACUCGUCCUUGGUCUACCUCUACCGACCCCACUGUGAUGUCUCGUCACCCACGAGAGCGUUCCUCUCGAGCCUUUGGUCGCGAGGAAAUGAUACUCUGGCCGCGAACACGACGCAUAUCCACGCAACGUCCAACAUGCAUCUUGCAACUCGAGGUGACCCGGGAGGCUUUUUCAAAGCCGUCCUGAAUGGCACCAACGCCGUGCAGGCGACCAAAGAGGCCCUCGGCGGAGGGCUGAGUUCGACUCCUUCGAAUCUCCCUCUCAUCACCUCGACCUUGUUCUCAGCAUUGCUCGUAUCACUCUUCUCGGAGCACAUCUACCUCGUUGUACGAACGACAGUGAGAUUCAUUCUCCACCGGACGAGCUGGAUCGGGUCCGAAGCGGCCAAUCGCGUGCGACGUAGUGGGCUCGAGCUGAGGAGAAACUAUCUGGAUGAGUUGGGGCUGAAGAAGACCCCGAAGGAAUUGGCCGAGGACAGCGGAAGAAUUUCAAGGACAAAAGAUACUGCCGAGAAGGAGAAGAUGGCUGAGGACACGAAAAGGAACGAGCGAGAGGGGUUUUGGAAAGGGCAAGACAAAGGUUUGAUCGAGUUGAAGAGGGUCGCCAAAAUCGAUUGA